AUGGCGGCGUCAAGGGGGGGCUGGCACUGGAGGACGCGGUGGAGAGGAAGGUGGUAGACGCGAACCCCGCGGAGUAAAGGUCCGGGCCACUGGAGCCCUGUGUCCGGGUGUGACAGUCAUCCCGAAAGGCCGAGCCCAGGAGCCGCAGCCACCUCCAAUUUUCCUCAGCUACGCUCGGGUUCACUGCAACCUUUGUCCAACUCUCCUGGGCGCAGCCAUCUUUGGUUGACACCACACAAACUUUUAAUUUUCAUCCCUUUCUUCUGUAACCUGUCACCAUGACCCUGACAAAAGGUUCCUUCACCUACUCCAGUGGGGAGGAAUAUCGUGGCGAGUGGAAGGAGGGUGAGAAGGAGCCCUGGAGGGUAUCCAGUGAACACUUCAUUUGCAAAACAAGUACAUCGGAAUAUAUAGCCAACUUUAUGGAUCCUCAUUUCCAGCCUUUCCGUUAUUCUAUUUUAGGGCUAAGCCGCAGACAUGGUUUUGGUCAACUGCUGUUUGCAGAUGGUGGCACCUACCUGGGUCAUUUUGAGAAUGGGCUCUUUAAUGGCUUUGGGAUACUGACCUUCUCAGAUGGCUCAAGGUAUGAGGGGGAGUUUGCCCAGGGCAAGUUCAAUGGCGUUGGAGUCUUCAUUCGACAUGACAACAUGACCUUUGAGGGGGAAUUUAAAAAUGGCAGAGUAGAUGGUUUUGGCCUGCUGACUUUCCCUGAUGGCUCUCAUGGAAUACCCCGCAAUGAAGGUCUCUUUGAGAACAACAAGCUGCUGCGGCGUGAGAAGUGUUCUGCAGUCGUCCAGCGGGCCCAGAGUGCCUCCAAGUCAGCCAGAAACCUCACCGCCUGAUGGGGACUGGGCACCAGCUGACAAGUAUUGGGGAAAGCCAGCGCUCCUGUUGUUGAUUCGAGAUAAACUAAUGAACCAGAUCUGAGAUGAGAUGACAGUGGCCAUGGAGCAGAAGCCUGUGAUGCCCUCUGUCACCUGCCAAUCAGGAAUUCGAUCAUGGAGGAGAGCUGAGGGUUCUGGUCCAUAGACCCUGUGGUAGUUGUUACCACCUGUGUCUUUCUCUAACCCUAUAGAAGAUAGAUGAGCUGCCUUUUCUUGUUGAUUCUCUGUUUCUAAGACCUUGGGUUACCCGGUGUCUUCUGUAGCCUUCUAAUUCCUUGGGAUGGCCAGCAUCCACUGUGGCCUUAUGCUUUCUUUUCUGCCAAGUGAUAUGGGGUUUCUUCAUUCUGAUCCUAGCUGAACCUAGCCCCAACUUAGGACCAGUGCUUGUGCUACCAUGGAGAAAUAAGGAAAAUGGUAAGGGUGGCUUAAACAGUAUAGUAGCCCUGUGAAAGGCAAGGCCAGAGGUUUUCCAUACCUUGCAUUCACUGCUGGUUGGAAUCAUGACUCCAGGCUUCUACUUUGUCAUUCGUCUCUUCUUAUUCCCCCAGGAAGGAUUUCGUAAGUGCUGUUUCCUUCUCCCUUGACUUUAUAAGCUGUCUUCCUUCACUGAGUUACAGCAGAUAAUCCCUAUUUGUGCCUUUCUCCUUCCUUAGACUUGGGACAAGAAAGAAAACGAUGUAAAUAGUAAUCUUAUAACUUGUAUUCGUGACUCAUUCCAGGGCACGGGGCAGAAUAUUAGGGUCACUUCUGGAGUGAACUGCAUCUGUGAAGGUGGCCUGGACUGACGUAGUUCCUUCUCAGUGGACCAGCAGAUCAGACUCACCUCAGCCCCUGGGGUUGUGGUGGAAUUGGACCCCCUGGAAUGUGGGGACCUAAAAGAGCAUUUGGCUUCUUGUACUUGGUGCACUGUAACUCUUCUACUAUGAGGCUUGACUGUCAGGCCUGGAGUCAAACUUUGGCUGACAGGAUCCCUACACAGUUCAUCACAGAGGCCCCCAGUUACCCUGUCACCCAAACAUGGCCCCCAGACCCUCAUCCUCACCUUGAGUGUCUCCUCAAAAGCAGAUUCUGGUGGAAAUUAUAGCCGUGUGCCUCUAUUUAUUCUCUGAAUUGUACUGUGGAAACAAGUGUUUUUGAAGAAUAAAUAAAUCACCAGAACUGCC